AUGUAUUCAAAAAAAGAAGAAUGUAUGAACGAGUAUAUCCCUUUACUUUUACUGAUUGGAGUAAGUUUUCUUUUGUCCAUGUUAAUUUUAGGCCUCUCUUUUGUGUUUUCUACCCAAAAAGCAGAUCCAGAAAAAGUGUCGGCUUACGAAUGCGGUUUCGACCCUUUUGAUGACGCCCGUGCUCGGUUUGAUAUCCGGUUUUAUCUUGUAGCCAUUCUUUUCAUUAUUUUUGAUCUUGAAGUGACAUUCCUCUUCCCCUGGGCCAUUUCUUUAAAUAAAGUUGAGCUUUUUGGGUUUUGGUCGAUGGUUAUUUUUUUAUGUAUUCUGACGAUUGGUUUCGUCUAUGAAUGGAGAAAAGGUGCUCUCGAUUGGGAGUAA